AUGCCACCAUCUUUGCCCGACUUUUCAGUCCAAUCUUCUGAUGGGAAAAGUGAAGAAUGGAUUAAUCUCCGACUCCGAGAUCAAUCAAAACUUGAAAAGGAUAAUAAGAUCGCUUCAUCUUCCCAAAAUGUCGAUAUGUUCGUGGGCGAUAAAUUCUUCCGUACCGUUGAGCCGAAUUGUUUUGACCCGAUAGUUCGCAUGGAGGAAAUGGAUGCUACAGGCGUGAACAUCCAAGUGAUCAGUACAGUGCCUAUUCUAUUUUCCUACGACAAGCCUAUCAAACCGGCUACAUUGUUAGCCCGCCACCUGAAUGACCACAUUGCGUCGGUCUGCCACGAAUACCCCAAGCGUUUCGUUGGACUCGCAACUGUUCCAUUGCAGGAUGUUGAAGCAUCAGUGGCUGAGCUAAAACGUGUCAAAAUUGAUCUUGAAUUGAAGGGAGUGGAGAUUGGUACGGAGAUUAAUGGUCAGCCGUUGGACUCUCCUGAAUUUGACCCCUUUUGGAGUGCCUGUGAGGAAUUGGACAUGCCGAUCUUCAUUCAUCCCUUGGGCUAUGAACUGGAAAGGGAGAAUAAGAGCCGAUGGGGUAGCUAUUGGUCUGCUUGGUUGAUAGGAAUGCCUAGCGAGACAGCACUCGCCAUUCACGCAAUCCUCUCAUCGGGCGUCCUCGUGCGUCACCCUAAGCUUCGACUGUGUUUUGCACAUGCGGGUGGUGCUUACGUGCCUCUUCUCGGGCGAAUCCAACAUGGCUAUGACUGCCGACCUGAUCUAGUCGCGCAUAGUUCUCAAGGUGUAUCCCCCCAGAGCUAUCUUCAGUCUCACCAACAUAAUAUUUGGCUGGAUAGUCUAGUACAUGAUCCGGACCUCCUGAAGUUGAUCUGCAAUAAGAUAGGACCAGACAGGAUUAUCAUGGGCAGUGAUUAUCCUUUUCCACUUGGCGAAAUGCCUAUUCCAGGUGAAAUGUUGAGAAAUGACAAGCUGGUGGGCGAAAUGUUCUCGCAGGAGACACGGGCGCGUAUGCUUUCCGGAAACGCGAUCGAAUUUUUGGGGCUGCACGGCAUGUUCCAAAGCAAUGAAUAG